AUUUCAACAGAAAAACAAAACCCACUUCCCCCAUAUGAACCUGUCUCUCUCUUUUCUUUCUUUCUUUCUUCUGCUGCUGCCCUAAUUAUUUUUAGCCACCUAGCUAGUUUUUCCUCCUCCUCCCUCCUCCCUCUCAACUAAUCUCAUUCAUUUCUCCUUCUUCAUUGAAUGCUUGAAUUUAAGUCCUCUUACCUGCAACAAUUAGGUGUUUGCAUGUGAUCAUAGUCAUAUAGUCCCCCCUUUUGGGUUCUCUCUGUGUGAAAAAGCUUUGAUUUUGUUAAUUAAAUUACCUCUCUUCCUAUUCUCUUCCCAUUUGCAUUUAUGGGUGCUGUAUCUUACGGUUAGAACUUGAGAGAGAGAGAGAGAGGGUGUGUGUGUACUGUCUGUGUGGAAUUUCAAAUGCCCAGUCUGUCAUACUUUAUUGCUCCUCUUUAUCAUUUCACCUAUAAAACUCCUCUCUCUUUAUUCCUAUAUACUUCGUAUCUAUCUCUUCCAUAGCUUGUUUUUCUUCACUUCAUAUUUUCUUUACAUCUCCCCCACCAUCAUCACCAUUUCCUGUAUGAAUCUCCAUCUGGGUUUUCAUUUUCAACCCAAUUCCAGCUCUCUCUUUUGACGUACGUGAUUCGAUUUUCUAGGGAAAAUAUAUUUUUCUUGUGUAACAGUGUAAGCAUGGAUAUGGAUAUGUCUACAUGUUUGCUGAUAUUAGCGGCUGUGAGCUGUUAUAUGCUAUGGUUUACCUUGAUCAAACGGUCGUUGAAGGGUCCACGUGUGUGGCCCUUAUUGGGCAGUCUUCCUGGCCUGAUUCAGAACUGUGACCGUCUCCACGACUGGAUCUGCGACAACUUACGAGCCUGUGGUGGCACGUACCAGACUUGCACUUGUGCGAUUCCUUUCCUCGCUAAGAGGCAAGGUCUCGUGACUGUCACGUGUGACCCGAUUAAUCUGGAGCAUGUCCUCAAGACCCGGUUUGAUAAUUACCCGAAAGGACCUACUUGGCAUUCUGUGUUUCAUGAGUUGCUCGGCGAGGGGAUUUUCAACUCCGAUGGGGACACGUGGCUGUUCCAGCGUAAGACCGCCGCACUGGAGUUCACCACUCGCACGCUUCGCCAAGCCAUGGCUCGGUGGGUGAGUGGAGCCAUUAAGCUCAGGUUUUGUCCGAUUCUUGAAUCUGCUCAGCUGAAAGCCGAGCCGGUUGAUCUCCAAGACGUACUGCUUCGGCUCACUUUUGAUAACAUAUGCGGCUUGGCUUUCGGUAAGGACCCGCAGACUUGCUCAGAAGGGCUUCCGAAGAACAUAUUUGCAUCGGCUUUUGACCGAGCCACUGAAGCCUCACUCCAGCGCUUUAUUCUGCCAGAAAUUUUGUGGAAGAUCAAGAAAUGGCUUCGGCUCGGUAUGGAAACCAGCUUGAGCCAGAGCAUUGUUGAGCUGGAUGAGUACUUAUCCAGUGUGAUCGAUUCACGUAAGCGCGAAUUACAGGACCAACAAAAGGGCCUGAACCCACACGACGAUCUCUUGUCAAGAUUCAUGAAGAAAAAAGAAUCCUACUCGGACACUUUUCUCCAACACGUGGCACUCAACUUCAUCCUAGCUGGACGCGACACGUCAUCAGUCGCACUCUGCUGGUUCUUCUGGUCGCUCAUGCAAAAUCCGACAGUGGAAGAGAAAGUCCUCCGUGAGAUCUGCACUGUCAUGAUGGAGACACGUGGAGAUGACUUGUCAAAAUGGAUAGAAGAGCCGUUAACGUUCGAAGAGGCCGAUCGUCUGAUCUACCUAAAAGCAGCAUUAUCAGAAACCCUAAGACUCUACCCUUCCGUACCACAAGACUCCAAGCACGUUGUCACCGACGACUGGCUGCCGGACGGGACCUUCGUGCCGGCGGGAUCUUCUGUCACAUACUCAAUUUACGCUACAGGGCGGUUGAAGUCCACGUGGGGCGAGGAUUGCCUGGAAUUUCGUCCGGAGAGGUUUUUAUCAUCGGACGGUAAGAAAUUCAUAAUGCACGAUGCGUACAAAUUUGUAGCAUUUAACGCAGGGCCCAGGAUUUGUUUGGGGAAGGACUUGGCUUACUUACAGAUGAAAUCGGUGGCGGCGGCGGUGCUGCUCCGCCACAAGCUGACAUUGGCGGCGGGACAUAAGGUGGAGCAAAAGAUGUCACUGACGUUGUUCAUGAAGUAUGGGCUGAAAGUGACGGUGAAGAGUAGGGAUUUGGGCCCAAUGGUGGAAAGCAUUAAAAGGGAGAAGACCGAGAAAGACUUGCAUUCAAACGACGUCGUUGGAGGUGAGUGGGAUAAUAAUGGAGUGUUGUAAAUGGUGGUAGAUAUGGUAGUUGAUUGUAUUUUUGUUUGUUUGUUUGUUUGUUUGAUUAUUAUAUUCAAGACAUUCAUGUGAAAAUAAGUGGAUUGGAUUGCAUGGAAGAAGAAGAUGAUGAGAAGAUCAAGCGGCUUCAAUUUGAUGAGGUCCCACCAAGGGGUUGAUGCAUAUAUAUACACAUAUAUAUAUGCUUUUGAUUAAUUUCAUGAUCAAAUUCAAUGUACAAGUACAUUGGGUUUGAUCAUCAUGUGAUUCAUAUGAUAAGAGAAGGAAAAGGAAAGGAAAGGGUAUUUAAUUUUAGGGUUUAUCCUUACUUGACUUGUAGUAAGGAAAACUUUGCCAAAUUUAUAGCAUAUAUAGAAUUCUUUUAUGUCUUGUUGUUGUUGUUGUUGAUUUAAUUUCCUUUUCUUUCAAUAAAAGAGAUUUUGAUUGAA